AUGGCCAACAUCACCGCCGAGAUGACCAAGGAGAGGAAGGUGUCAUGGAAUUGCGCCGAUGUUGAGGGCGUCUCGGCCGGUGUCACCCCGGCGCCAUGCGCGCUGCUGCAGGGCAGUCAUGCCGGCUCUUGCCCGUUCCCCAUCGACACGCUCGCCGUCGACCAGAUCGCCGUGCAGCAGUGCUCUUACUCCGUUGCACGUAAGUUCGGCAAGCUCAAGCACAUCCACGGCGUCUUCAUCUCGGACGUGACCCUGGUGAACUCGCCGGCGUGGAGCAUCCACCCGGUCGGCGCCCACCAGGUGACCAACACGGACGUCAUCAACCCAGACUUGUGCUCCCAGGUGCGCAUCGAGGACUGCUACGGCGUCUCCGGCCACGACUGCGUGGCCAUCAAGAGCGGCUGGGACGAGUACGGCAUCGCCGUCGGCAUGCCCAGCAAGCACAUCAUCCUGCGCCGCCUCGCCUGCGUCUGCGUGUCCCCCACCAGCGCCAUCAUCGCGCUCGGCAGCAGGUUGUCGGGGGGCAUCCAGGAAGUGUGCGCGGAGGACAUCACCUUGGUCGGGACGGCGGUGGGCCGCGGCGCAUACGUGCGCGACGUGUACGCGCGCCGGAUGAGGCUCGACGGCAUGAAGCGCAUCUUCUUGAUGACCGGCUAUUACAAGUCCCACCCCGACGACCGCUACGACAAGACGGCUGUGCCCGCCGUCGAGAACAUCAACUACCAGGACCUGGUGGCCACCGGCGUCUGGAAGGAGGCCGUCAGGAUGCAGGUCAUCCAGGGCGCGCCCUUCAAGGGCGUCUGCAUGGCCAAUGCCACUGCCGAGAUAACCAACGUGAGGAAGGUGUCCUGGAACUGCGCCAACGUCGAGGGCGUCUCGGCCGGUGUCACCCCGGCACCAUGCACGCCGCUGCAGGGCACACACGGCGGCUCCUGUCCGUUCCCCACCGACACGCUCGCCGUCGACCAGAUCACCGUGCAGCAGUGCUCAUACUCCAUCGCGCCUGCUUCUUCGGUGCCUGGGACAGAGUAG